GCAGUAAUGACUUCGCUCAUUUUAGUGUAUGGUCGUACAAGAUCAAGACAUUGUUUAAAAGCGUUUUGGUGUUAAUUUGAAUUUUGAAAUGAUCUGUUAUAAGUUGUGGUCUUUCGUGGCGUUUCUUGUGGUUUUGACGAACUGCAAUGUCAUAAACGAUCCAACACUACAGGGAUAUGCAGAGAAUAAGGGAGUAGAUGCCGGCUAUGUUCCUCGUGGUCGUGUAGUUAAUAUUGGAAAUCUACCCGUCUACGAAGCGCCCGACAAUGUCAAUAGCAGAAGAAUGCUCAUCGGUGUGUACGACAUUGCUGGAUUUUCACACCCAAACAUGCAGCAAAUCACCGAUUUAAUGGCUCUCGAAGCUGGAGGUUUUAGAGCUGUUUUGCCCGAUUUCUUUCGUGGCCAAAGUUGGGAUUUCAGUACUCCAAUUGGUGACCUUGCUGCGUGGCUACAGCGUGUUGGCAAUUGGGAUACUAUAGUCAGACCAGAUUUGAUUAACGUAGUAAGAUAUUACCAAAGUCAGGGCGUACAAGAGUUUGCGAUAUUCGGAAUGUGUUGGGGAGGCCGAAUCGGCACAUCUGCUGCUAUUGAACUGUCUGAUUAUUUCAAAGCGAUUGGCAUCGUUCACCCGUCCAACGUCAAUAACAAUGAGGCUCCAUUGGUCAGAGUGCCGAUGUAUCUACUGCCAUCGAGUGCUCAACCCGAUAUGUUGCCAUUUUACCAAGUACUUCGAAUUAAUUUCGGUGACAAUAGCGGUCAUAGACGAUUCAAUGAUAUGCCACAUGGCUUUGCAGGUGCCAGCGGAAAUUUCAGCAAUCCGAUAAAUCAAAUGCAUGUGAAUGAAGUUAUCAGAACGCUUGGAGUUUUCUUCGCACGUAAUCUUUCCAAUGCAUAGAUAAAACGUCAAAAUCUAUUGACAAUUGACAAUAAUAAACGUUGCCAUUCAACUAUACACAACUGUUCAGUUCA